AGAUUAUGAUAACCCGCCCAAUCUGGCAACAUUGGCCGCAGAGUUCUUUGCGCAGCAGCAACUCCCACGAACACCAACGACUAGGGCGAAUCCACUUCCAGGGGUGAGGAGACCGAGUCAAGUCAUGAGUGCAGAAGACCCUAAUCCAGCCGCCACACCCACCCCCUGUGUGGACACCCAGGGAGAUGGACGAUGGAUGUCUCUGCACAACCGCUUUGUGUCUGACAGCAAAGACAAAGAACCAGAUGUCUUGUUUGUCGGAGACUCUCUCAUUCAGCUCAUGCACCAGUUUGGGAUAUGGAGGCAGCUGUUCUCUCCUCUCCAUGCCCUCAAUUUUGGGGUUGGUGGUGAUGCAACACAACAUGUGCUCUGGAGACUGAGCAACGGUGAACUGGAUAACAUCAGCCCAAAGGUUGUGGUGCUGUGGGUAGGCACCAACAAUCAUGGUCACACUCCUGAACAGAUCUGUGGAGGGAUCAUGGCUAUCGUCCAAGUCAUCAAGAACAAGCUCCCCCAUGCUCACACGCUUAUACUUUCUGUACUGCCCAGAGGUAAAUUGCCAAACCCUCUGCGGGAUAGAAAUGCCAAAGUGAAUGAGCUGGUCCAGGAGGCCGUGUCAACCCUCCCUCACGCCUCUUUCCUCGACGUGGACCCCGGCUUUGUCCACUCCAAUGGUAGCAUCUCCCACCAGGACAUGUAUGACUACCUUCAUCUGACUCCCCAGGGCUACCAGGCUGUGUGCGAACCCCUGCAUGCUCAUCUCAAGUCCAUGCUGGAUAAACCUGCUGAGAACUGAGCAACCAGGGGCACAAACUUACACUACCGCAGUGGUCCUCGUCCCUGUUUCCAGAGAGUAUCACACUUUUUUAAAGACCUUGAAUGAUGGAUAAAGUCAAUUAUUAAGGGCUAAGAGGUGCACAAACUAUGUGCGAGUGCUCUCCAUGGCCAGGGUUGGUGACCACUGUUAGAGGUAAUGGGACCAUAAAGUUUUUGGUGUUUAUGAAACAGUCAGAAAUUAAAUGUGCUGUGCUAUAUAGAGAAAAAGUCCUGCCUCAAUUCCUGGUAAGCAUCAGUUCCGUUAGCUUUUGGUUCUAAUAGUGUUUUUUUUUUCCUACCAAAGGAUUAUUUCAUUUCUAUGCUACUUGAUACAACUGUUGAAUAUGAUAAGGGGAAAACCGCGCAUCAUUCAGGGGGAGCAGAGCCAGGGAUUUAACAGUCAGGACAAUGAAAUUAAACCUGAAGGAAUGAUAUCUGUAAUAUGUAAACAAAUCCACAUGUCCAGUGGUUAUGAAUAAAGCUUUUAAAAAGAUGUAGCAACUUUUAAGUCUAAUGAAGACAUACUGUAGGUCAAAACAUAAGUUGCUGCACCUUAUUUAAAACUUUAUUAAUAACCAUCCGCUCCAGAUCUCAUCCCUUCAGCUACAGCUCUCGUGAGUCUAUCUGAGCAGCUUGAUUUACCUUAGAAAAUAAACAGAUAACUGCUUUUUAGAAGAAACCUGCUACAGCAAAACAUACUGUCCGACUGAGGCUACUGGAACGGUUUAUUUGGGUAAGGUUUGAGACUGUGGCUCUUUAGGUGCAGGGAUAUGCCUGGUUAACAAAAAUGAAGAUACAAUAAUUUCCCUGGCUAAGACAUUCCUGUAAAUUGUCACUUUGGUUUCUCGGUUUCACUAAGUUUCAUGAGUUUAUUUGUCAGUAGCUUUAUUUACUCUGUUGUGAUGUCUUAUGUCUUUUGUACAUUAUUAAUUUGAAUGACCAAAUGUUUUUGAUUGACCAUUACUGUCAUGUUAUCUCCCUAUUGUCCUCGUACCUUUUUGCUUCACUCAUUGUAAUAGCAACAGAUUCUGGUGUGAGAGGCUGUGUUUAGUUGCAAACAUGGAUGUGUUUGAGUAGGUUAUGAAGUCGCAUGGAGACAUCUAUAGUUGCCUGUGUGUCAGGUUCAGUCUUGUUUGCAACAUAAUGGCCUGUUACACGAUCUAAAAGGAUUAAUGUCACACUAAAAUGCUUCUGAAUUAUGCUUCAGGUUGGCUGAUUGUGUAAGUGAUGAAAGAAUGCAUUAAACAUGAAGAUAAAAUA